GAGGGCACGGGGCGUGGCUUAAGUCUGGUGGGAGCGCUCCUACUCACCUGCAGCCGGGCCACUGUGCGGAGACGACGCGCUACUUGUCCGGGGAGUGAAGCACCGUGUGACCGAGGGCCUCCGCCGAGAGACGGCGUCUACACAGAUCGCCAUGGAGUGGAAUGAACAUUCAGAGGUCUCCUGCGAGGUAGCGUUUUCUGAAGCACAAAGAUGGAUUGAGGAAGUAACUGGUAAAGGCUUUGGCGAGCAGGAUUUCCGCUCUGCUCUUGAAAAUGGAGUGCUCUUGUGUGACCUUAUUAACAAGAUCAAGCCUGGAAUAAUUAAAAAGAUUAACAGACUGUCCACACCUAUUGCUGGCUUGGAUAAUAUUAAUGUUUUCUUGCGGGCGGGCGAGAAGCUUGGACUGAAAGAAGCUCAACUUUUUCACCCUGGGGAUCUUCAGGACUUAUCGAAUCGUGUCACUGUCAAACGGGAAGAAACCGAAAGAAGAUUAAAAAAUGUUUUGAUCACCUUGUAUUGGCUGGGAGAAAAGCAACAGAGCCUGGCCCAUAUUAUAAUGGUUCCACAACUUAACUUGAAGGCAUUUGAAGGAUUACUAGGACAAACGCUGACCAAGGUACUAGAAGAGUCCAGUACUUUGAAGAGAAGCGGAAGAGACAGUGGCUGCGGUGACUUGUGGUAUAGUGAGAAAGGAGAAAACCCAUCGCUUCCGGUUCAUACGAGAGACGAUUCUUGGGACAGCUUGGACUCCCUUGGCUCCAGGUCAUAUACAAGCUUUUCCUCAGAUACAACUCUCAAAGGAAGCAGUGAGGGUGGAAAUAGUGACGCAGAGUCUGAACUUACCUACAAGAUGCAGGACUUAGGCAAAAGUGACGUGUCUUACCGAAGGUCCACUACGGUGGAACCUAAGUCGGCUGCUAACUUCAACCAGUUCCUCCCACCUAAAACAAAACAGAUAACUUACAUGCCAGCACCUUUAAGGACGAAGCGGGUUAAUAAAAAUGAGGACAACAGAAAGAGCUGGGGUAGCCCUGUCUUUACAGAUUCUGAUGGAUCAUUUGCCAGCAGUUCAGAUUCUGAGGACGAUGGGAAGUUGCCAGACUUGGUGCUUGAUGAUUUAGCAGAAAGAAAAUUUCACCUGAACAGUAAGCCACCUGUGUCUGUGACUCCUGCUCUUUCUUCUCAACCUCAAAUGGACUCUCAGAAACCUUUGAAAAUACUAACAGACGUACUUCCAUCUACUUGUCAAGGAGGGAGCAGCCCAAACCAAGGAUUGAAAACGAAGACCAUAGAUCAAGAUGCGCUGAAGGACCAUGUAGAUUAUGCCAGAUUUUCUUCAGAUGAAGAAGAGGAAUCUUCUAGGGAAAUGCCAAAUAUUCUCAAGGAUGAUUUCUUUGCUAGAAAAGUCAAUUUGCCUUCCCCAGUGCUGAAGCUUGCCUCUGUACAUAAUAAGGAUCGAUUUCAGAAUGUUAUGUGGAGCCAGACUCGUCCUAAACCUUGGUACAAUGAAUUUCAGGGAUUCAGUAAACGAGCUGGAGGGGACUGUCCAUGGACAUCUGAUCUGGAAUCUGUAUUUAAGCUGAAGAGCGAUCUAAAUUUGAGAAAUGGAAGUGCUGCAGAUUUGGGCUCAAGUUUGAAUAGCAAAGAUGAGGAAAAGGAAACCGUGGAUACGUCUGAAAAGCCAAGUCAAUUUUUAAUACUCCAGGCCCUCCAGAAAAUAACUUCUGAUUUGCUUAUUUCUGAGAACAAAGUGCCUGUUGACCCUGCAUCUGGUCCUAGACUUAUACAUUCUGUUGAGGCUUCAAGUGCACAAAACAAUCCGCCUGUGAAUUAUGGCAUAUGUACCUUACCAGAUCUUGAAAAUGAUGACUUGUUUGCACGAAAGACUGGGACUUUUCACCUCAACCAAGUGAUCAACCUUGGUACACCUUUGGCUCAGGUGCUGGAAAUCGAGAAGGACAUUGUCCUGCAGUCUAAAGAAGAGGCAGACCAUCUUCCAGAUUUGGUGAAGGAUGACAUGAUCGUUCGAAGAGCUCUGUCUGAACCAAAGGAAGUCCAUUUGUCUGGUGCCCCAGACAAUUACAAUGCCGUUCCCUUUCCUGAUCCUUGGUCUCUUCCAGAGGAUAUACAAUCUAAAUUUCUUUGUUUAGUGAAAAAGCCACAAGAGUUAAACAAGACAGAUGGGCAAGGAAGAGUGCUCCGUCCUUCAGACAAAUUGAAGAAAGAUGACAUGCUCACAAGAAAAGUACAUUUUUCUCAAUGUUUAAAUGAUGCAAAGCCAAAGCAUUUUUUGUCUGGCCCAUGCACUAAUGAAGAUCUUCAAAAGUGGGAGUCGAUAAGGGAGGCCAGCAAAAUAAGGCACAAAAAACGACUUAUGGUGGAAAGACUGCGGGAAAAACUCGGUGCGGAAUUGGGAAGUAAAUCAGUGGAAAAUUGCAACGCAGAGGAAAUGCAGAGUUUGCGCCAAGUUCGUCUGGAAGAAUUGCAAAAGAUCAAAAUCGAGAUGCAGGAGCAAGAUCAAAAGUGGCAAGAUGAUUUAGCAAAAUGGAAAAAUCGCCGGAAAAGCUUCACAUCAGAUCUACAAAAGAAAAAAGAUGAGCGAGAAGGAAUUGAAAAGACUGCAAAUGAAGGCCCUGAUAGGACCUAUAAGACAUUUAAAGAGAUGCAACAGGAAAGGGAGCAUAGAGAAAAUGAGACCCACAACAAUGGUCAUCAAAGGUCACAACUUCAGCGGAUGUAUUCAUCAAAUGAAGAUGUCUUUGGAGAGUCCAAUAUUCCAUCCAGGCCAGUUCUAGAAAAGAGUUACACUGUGGAUGUCCCAUAUUCAAGAACAACAGAGGUUUCUCUGUAUGCUACUACCCCAAAUUAUUCUCGCAAGAAGGAAAAUGAUGGCAACUUAAUAAAUUUUGAUGAUGAUGAAUCAGUUCCUAGUGGUCAGACGGAAUCUGAGCCCCAGCCAAAGAUUUACAGUAAUGCUACGUUCACAGUCCAGCAUUCUGAGAAGGCUGAAAGCCCUGAGAUUAAACCUGUCACAAAGGCACUGCCUAAAAAAGAAACCUCUGUCGACUUAGAUAAACCGUACACAAGUAAGAGCACUACUAGCUAUUCCGGAAACAGUUAUGUAGUGCAAGGAAACUCAUUGCCCUCUGACACCAGCAGUAUGCAGAACCAGCCAUACUCGUCCAGUUCCCUGAACAUGGAAAGCAAACCUGGCCGAAUUUCUUCUUCGUUGCCCAGAGGAUACCAAAAGACAGAUACUUCUCGACUGUCAUCAGUGAUUACUGCAAGACCUUUUGGUACCCAGUCAAAGGGAAUCUCCUCAUUUACCAAAUCCUACACAGUGGAUGAUACCCGAAAGUACAAUGGUUCAUCACUGAGUUAUUACAAGCCUGAUGUGGAGAAACCUAGCAGUGUCUUUCAUAGUGAAGAUGAGGCUGACAACAUCAAAGAUGAGAAGAAAAACACUCGAAGGAGUUUUUCUCCAAAACCAUUAAUAUCCAAGUGCAAAAACUCCAUGGACCAGUAUAGCGACAUGAGAAUCAGCAUUAACCAGAAGCCUGGAAGUAGCCAUGACUUUGGGUUUAAAACAAACUGGAACAGUUCAGGGGUUUUUGUAACAUCCGUGGAUUCAGGUAGCCCCGCUGAAUUUUCCCAUCUGCAAGUAGAUGAUGAAAUUCUGUCUGUCAACGGCACCAACGUUUCAUAUAUGGACUAUAAUCAGUGGAGAGGAGCCAUGGACAGCGCUCUGGAAACCGGAAACCUUCUAAUAGAUGUCAGACGAAACGGCAAGAAUGGUCUUCCUGAGAGUAAGUGGAUUGAUGCAAGCUCCUCCAGAUCUCCCCAAUGCGUGGACAAAUUAGAGAUGGUAGAGUCGGUCACUGAUCUUUACAGAGAAAAGUCAAGGAGGCUAAAACAAGUAAAUGGAAUUAAAGAUGAAGUGGAUACUAAGCAAAAAGAACAUGAACCUAUAUCCAUGAGAAACUAUAAAAGGAGGUCUCAGUUUUUUGAGCAAGGAAGCACAGAUUCCUCAGCACCAGAAAUGCCAGUUCCAUCCAUUAAUGUCUCAACAAGGUGGUCUUGGGACCCUGAAGAGGAGAGGAAGAGGCAGGAAAAAUGGCAUCAAGAACAAGAAAAAAUGUUGCAGGAAAAAUACAAACGGGAACAAGAGAGACUUAAAGAAGAAUGGGAGCAAGCUCAGCAAGAAGCCGAGAAAGGAAGAUCUUUUGAUCAGGAACCAGAGAUCCUACCAUUCAAUACCAGCAGGUCCAUGACUUCACAUAGCCCUUUUUCAUACUUAAGAACAGAGCGGUCUGAAGAUUUACUAAGCAGUGAAGACAAUUUUCAAGUGAAUGAGAGGAGGCAAGAAGAAGAACGUGAAAGAAAAAAGGAAGAAGAAGAAAGGUUGAAUUAUUUGGAAGCCCAGCGUAGACAGGUAGCGGAGGAAGAACGUAUGCGCCAGGUAGCAGAGGAAGAACGUAGGCGCCAGGUAGCGGAGGAAGAACGUAGGCGCCUGGUAACAGAGAUAGAACGUAGGCGCCAGGCAGCAGAGGAAGAACGCAGGCACCAGCAAGAAUUAGAAAGAAAAAGGCAAGAGGAAAACAGAAGACAAAAAGAGGAAGAAGAAAGGAGACUUAGAGAAGAGGAAUGGAAGAGGAAAAAACAACAAGAAGAAGAUGAAGAAGAGCAAAGGCUAAAACUACUAAGUGAACGAACCCAAAGACCAGUCAUCAGUUCAUCUUAUUCAAGAUUAUCCAGGACUUUAGAUGAAUCUGAUUAUUCAUCAUACAGCAGCAGCAAAUAUAGAGAUGCUCCUGAUUCAUCAGCUUAUCAAGGAAAUGGCGGACAAGGAAAGAAGGCAUAUGGUUUUGCUGACUGGGUGUUUGAAGAUGAACAAAACAAGACCCAUAAUGUGAAGUCUCAACCAAAAAAACUCCCAUCAGAAAUGGAAGUCAUGGAAAAACAAAAUGUCUCUGAGAUGAGAGACUAUCCAGGCCAAGGCACCCACUACGAAUAUGAAACUAGUUCAUCAAUGAGUGGAUCACAGAAAGAGGGGCCUGCAGAAAUGAAAAGACAGCAAAUAAUCAGAGAAAUGAGGAAGAAAGCCUCUCUUAAUACUGACAACAGCUGGAUCAGGCAGCGGAGCUCUAGUGUGACAAAAGACACCUCAUCACUUCCAGAUUAUAUGAGAAGAGGGGAAUCACUAGACAACCUAGACUCUGGCUUAAACUCGUGGAGACAGUCAUCCUUGGCAAACCACUCAUCCUCUUAUAACUCUUUAUCAUCUAGUCAAGACUUCAGUCAACCCUCUCAAGUGGUAUCCACCUCUAACCGUGCCUACCUGCCCAACCCAUCUCCCAGCCUUCCACUGGUUUCUUCUGGUUCAGUUAAGAGUGCAUCACUUUCCCAGACCUCUGUGGCAUCAUCUGGUUUGCCUCAGAAUCCAUCUUCAUCACAGACGUCUGUUCAACAGCGCAACAAGUCAGUGAGCGGGAAGAAAUUGUGCUCUUACUGUAAUAACAGUUUGGGCAAAGGAGCGGCAAUGAUCAUCGAAUCUAUUGGUCUUUGUUUUCAUUUACAUUGUUUUAAGUGUGUCGCCUGUGAAACAGACCUUGGAGGCUCCCAUUCUGGAGCAGAAGUUAGAAUCCGGAACAACGACCUGUACUGCAACAGCUGCUACAUUAAAUUUAAAUCCGGACACCCCACCUCCAUGUGAAGGUCUUCUCAUCACAGAACCGCUUCUAGAAGUAGCAGAAGAGGAUUGAACAAACACAGAUGUAAAUCUAUAGGCACAAGCUGGAUAUGUGCUUUACACACCGUAUAGAUGUUAUAUAUAAGAUAUGACACCGCAGUUGCCUUUUAUUCUUGUAUUACCUCGUUAACCAGAUUUCUUUGUGGUAUAUUUAUGAGAGGAUAAUCAACGCUAAGGGGCAUGUUGUACUUUCAGUGUUCUGAAUUCUGUAUGUAAGAAGGGCCGCUUUCAUGUAAUUUCCCAAUAUUUUUGAGUCCUUUUUCCAUCUCUUUUCAUUGGUGUCUAAAGGAGGGUAAUUUCAAUAGAAAGUUUCAGACAUUCAGAUUGAGUUCUAUGGCUUUCAUCACUCUGAACAAUAUUUACUUCCUAUAGAAAAGUCAAAUUACAUUGAAAUGCGCAUAUGGCUCUAUAUUUAUAUGAACUUUUAGCACAAUAUAAGGUAUCACCGCUUUGUGGGGAGGUGUGGGAUUGUUUCCGAUACCCAUUUUCUGAGCAUCCAAAUCUAUGCAGGAAUUGUGAUGUAACACAAAUUUUCUCUAGCCUUAUGUUCUUGCUAAAAUUAUUUGUUAAGAAGACGUUUAUUUUUUCUGUCAGAAAGGUUUUCUGUAACUAAAAUAUUUUCUGAUUUACUUUUGUAAAUAAAUUGUGGCUGCAUUUAAAUCGGA